AUGCUCGCAGGUCGUCCCGACGGAUUACCUGGUAGUCCAGGGGCCAAAGGUGGACCUGGAGUUCAAGGAGACCGAGGUCAGCGCGGUCCAGUGGCUCCUCAAGGAUUAGUCGGAAAGGCUGGAAGCAAAGGAGAGAGAGGACCGAUGGGUGUUCCAGGUGCUAAAGGUCUGAGUGGAACCAAAGGAGACAAGGGCUUCCAAGGAAGAUGUGGACCCAAAGGAGACAUUGGAGACUCUGGUGUGGAGGGGCUGGCUGGUGAGAAAGGUGAAAAGGGUAUGUCUGGAGAACCUGGCCCUAAAGGACAGCACAGAGUGAGGGGAGACCUUGGACAUAACGGUCCAACUGGAGACUCUGGGAAGCCAGGUGAUCUAGGACCGCCUGGACCGCCUGGUCCUCGGGGGUUGAACGGCAUGAGAGGAGUGCCUGGCAUGCCGGGUAUUGAGGGUCCACCGGUGAGUCCACAAGAUACAUCUGAGCAGCAUGUUAUUGAUGUGGUGCUAAGAAUUUUGCAAGAGAGGCUGGCAGCAGUAGCAGUGAGCACUAAAAGGGCUGUGCUUGGUGGAGUUGCAUCAUGGGAACUCCCCGGCCCUCCCGGACCUCCGGGAUCAACGAGUCCACAAGGACCACAUGGUUUGCCUGCUUCUCCAACAAUUCCUGGGAUGAUAGGAGCUGAUGGACGGAUCGGAAACAAAAGUCUUAAAGGUAGUCGGCCUGCCCGGGGGUAUCUCGUGGGGUCGGCUCCGCUUGUGUUGCUCUUUGUGGAUCUUGGGGAGCAACAUAUAUAUAUAUAUAUAUAUAUAUAUAUAUAUGAGGAUAACUUCAGGCAAACCAUGAGUAAAGAAAAUGUCCCUCAAGGCCUGUCCAAAGAGGUCCACACCUAG